CCGGCUCCGGCAUGGAUGUGAGGUUCUACCCCGCGGCAGCCGGGGACCCUGCCGGCCUGGACUUCGCGCAGUGCCUGGGGUACUACGGCUACAGCAAGUUUGGAAAUAAUAAUAAUUACAUGAACAUGGCUGAGGCAAACAACGCUUUCUUUGCUUCCAGUGAGCACACAUUCCACACGCCAAGCCUUGGGGACGAAGAAUUUGAGAUCCCCCCCAUCACGCCUCCUCCAGAAUCAGACCCCACCCUGGGCAUGCCCGAUGUGCUACUCCCAUUCCAAGCCCUCAGCGAUCCAGCGCCUACCCACGGAAGUGACUUCACACCCCAGUUCCCUCCUCAAAGCCUGGAUCUUCCUUCCAUUACAAUCUCAAGAAAUCUCGUGGAACAAGAUGGAGUGCUACAUAGCAGUGGCUUGCAUAUGGAUCAGAACCAUCCACAAGUUUCACAGUACCAUCCAGAUCCCACCUUGACCAUGAGGUCCAUCGUUCACAUGACGGAGGCCGCUCGCUCUGGGAUCAUGCCUCCUGCCCAGCUGACCACCAUCAACCAGUCUCAACUUAGUGCCCAGCUGGGGUUGAAUCUGGGAAGUGCCAGUGUGCCCCACACAUCUCCUUCACCUCCAGCAAGCAAGUCGGCCACUCCCUCCCCCUCCAGCUCCAUCAAUGAAGAGGAUGCUGACGAAGCCAACAGAACCAUUGGAGAGAAAAGAGCGGCUCCCGAUUGUGGCAAGAAGCCCAAAACUCCAAAGAAAAAGAAAAAGAAAGAUCCCAAUGAGCCCCAGAAGCCAGUGUCGGCAUAUGCCCUGUUCUUUCGAGACACCCAAGCCGCAAUUAAAGGUCAAAACCCCAAUGCAACCUUUGGCGAGGUCUCAAAAAUCGUAGCAUCCAUGUGGGACAGCCUGGGAGAAGAACAAAAGCAGGUUUAUAAAAGGAAAACAGAAGCUGCCAAAAAGGAGUACCUGAAGGCCCUGGCUGCCUACAGGGCCAGCCUCGUUUCUAAGGCUGCCGCUGAAUCAGCAGAAGCCCAGACCAUUCGCUCUGUUCAGCAAACCCUGGCGUCAACCAAUCUGACUUCCUCUCUCCUCCUCAACGCUCCGCUAUCUCAGCACGGGACAGUCUCAGCAUCACCUCAGACUCUCCAACAAUCACUCCCUAGGUCCAUCGCCCCCAAACCUCUAACCAUGAGACUCCCCAUGAACCAGAUUGUCACAUCGGUCACCAUUGCAGCCAACAUGCCCUCGAACAUUGGGGCUCCACUGAUGAGCUCCAUGGGGACGACAAUGGUUGGCUCAGCCUCCUCCACCCAAGUGAGCCCUUCGGUGCCAACCCAGCAACAUCAGUUGCAGUUGCAGCAGCAGCAGCAGCAACAGCAGCAGCAGCAGCAGCAGCAGCAGAUGCAGCAGAUACAGCAGCAGCAACUGCAGCAGCACCAAAUGCAUCAGCAACUCCAGCAGCAGCUGCAGCAGCAGCACUUCCAACACCACAUGCAGCAGCACCUGCAGCAGCAGAUCAGCCAGCAGCAGCUGCAGCACCUCCAGCUGCAGCAGCUGCAGCAUCUCCAGCACCCGUCGCAGCCUUCUCCCCGGCAGCACUCCCCUGUCGCCUCUCAGAUCACCUCCCCCAUCCCUGCCAUCGGGAGCCCCCAGCCAGCCUCACAGCAGCACCAGUCGCAAAUCCAGUCCCAGACACAGACUCCAGUAUUGUCGCAGGUCAGCAUCUUCUGAAGACACCGUGGCAGGCGGACAGGUGCGCACCGAGAAGAGCGACCUACGAGGGGGAAGCAUCUUGGCUGAAACGCAUUCAGUUGAUGUUGGUUAUGCAGAAAUGUGUAACAGACCACACAGUCCUCUCAAGUGUCUAUUAGAUAGGCAAUAAGAACUACAGUUGUAGCUGGGUAACACCUUCUAGCUGACUCGAAAUCACUUUGUUUUUAAACAAGAAAUGCUGUGCUCUUUUAGGUGAUGCCUUUUUUUUUUUUUAUUUAUUCAGGCUGUACCUACAAUAUGUGAAUCAAACCGUUUCAUGAAUCCUGGGACAUACUGAUGACUAUAAACUGGCCUGAGUCGUAGAAAAUGGCCUUAUUUCUCCAGAAGUGAGUAAACAGCACUUCCAGGCUAUUUGAACUUCUGAAGCCCUAAAAAAUAACAAGCACAGUUGUAACUACCUGAAAUAAGAAGAUUCAGUUUCAUACAAGCGUUUGUAUGAUGUGAAUAGUUGAUGGCAUUUUUUUGUCAUGAAAAAAAAUAAUGUAAAUCACAGACUUUUGCCAAAGCUCUUAUUUUUUUCCUAAAUCUCUCCAGAAAAAAAUAAUGCAAGUGAUUAGAUCCAGUUAUUGACUAAUUUCCGCUUUUUAUCCAUGACCUCUCCAAAUGGGAACACAUAUAUGUUAUAACGAUAUCUAUGACCACUGUUAGCCCACCCUGCGCAUUCCAACUAGAAGGGAAGAAAUGUGAAUAUUCUAUUCCGUGUUUUAAGUGACAAGUAUCGAAAAAUAAAAACACUGUAUUUUUAAAAGGGAAAUGCACUUAAAUGAAAACAGUUAUUACGAAAGCGAAGAUUUAAAAAGACAAAGCGAGAGUUUUUAUUAUGAUGUAAUACCAGUAGAAUAUUUAAAAGGCACACCACAUCUGAAUAAUCAGUGUAAAUAUUUUCUUUCAAAGUUGUAAGUUUUCAUAUCAUGUGUUGUAAAGUUUUCCUAAACGAGGCUUUAACGUAAACACUGGUGACAUAAACCAUUCAUGGCUACGUUGCUUAUUGUGUUUUUAUGCUGUUUUAUACUUUUUUAUGAGUUACGAUAGCAGCAAUUAAGUUGUUUGUAUUUUGCUUAACUAAAACAGAAAUGCUUUUAUCUUGCUAUAGAAUAAACACAUUUCAGUAAAAA